AGCUUACUUGAACCUUACCACUUUUUACGCCCUUAUUCAUUCCCCCGGUCUGAGUCUUUCUAAGUCCGUCAUGUGUUUGUCUAUAAGGGCAAGACUCGAUUGCAAAUCCUGAACAUUCUGAAAAAUGGACCGCACAAUGCAAGCUCUCGUCACCGCACCAAACAAGACUGCCGUUGUCGCAGAUAUCGCUGUUCCCGAGCCCGGACAUAAUGAGAUUCGUACCGAACUAGGACGUGUUGUUGGGAGUGACAUCUCAGGAGUCGUUGAUAAGGUCGGUGCGGGCGUGACGGGGUGGCAGGUAGGAGAUCGCGUUGCAGGUCUCCUGCAAGGAGCAACUUCUGUGACCCCCCGUCCCGGAGGAUUCGCAGAAUACGCCAUCUUAGAGCAGGAUCUGGCUAUUCAUGUGCCUGCUGGGAUCACUUUUGAUGAGGCUGCAACAGUUCCUCUUUGUGCUCUUACUGCUGCUCAGGCCUUGUUUAUCCGCCUCGAAAUUCCAGCACCCUUUCCUAACCCAUACACCUUCGCGCCUCCAGCAACGGAUGCACCAAGCGUCCUCGUCUAUUCAGCGGCAACCUCUCUUGGUCUAUACACCAUUGAGCUCGCCAGCCUUCUCCGGACCCCAUCGGGAAAGCCAUAUCGCAUCUUCGCUACCGCCAGCCCUAAGCACCACGCUAAACUCCUCGCACUGGGAGCCGAGGCCGUCUUCGAUUACCGCUCACCUACAUGGGUCGAAGACGUGCGAAAAGUCUCCGGCGGUAUCUCUUACGCUGUAGAUUGUAUCUCAGAGAACGAGAGUACCGCGUUGAUUUCUCAAACUUUUGUUGAGAGUGGUGGGAAGAUCGCCGUCAUUCGGAGUAAAGAUUGGGACAAGGGGGGCAUUAGCGAGGGAGUAACGCCGCUUUAUGGCGCUGUGUGGCAGGGACUUGGACAUGAGCUCAUUUACAACGACGCAACCUUACCAGCAUCACCAUCCUGGCGAGCCUUCAGUGUGGCGUUUUACAAGUUUUUAUCUGCUGGUUCUGCAAAGGAUCGCAGUCUUUUCCCAAUCUCGCCAAACCCCGUUCGCUUGAUGCCUGGCGGUUUGGCAGAGAUCGUAUCGGACGCGUUUAUGCUCAUCGGCGCGUAUAAAGUUGUUGAUCGGCCUGUGGAAGCGACAUCUAAGGGAGCUAAGGAAUGGAUGAACCCAGUAUCAGCAGUAAAACUUGUAUAUAGGGUUUGACAUGUCGCCCAUGAAGAAUAAACAAUUUAAUGGUG